UUGCAUCAAUCGAUCAGCUGCUCGCAGAUAUUUGUCUGAACGUUACAUUUCUACCGAACAUCUGAAGAUGAGAUCGGCAUCUGCUCGCGUGGCCUCUCUGUACGUCGGUGAUCUUCACCGGGAGGUUUCAGAGGUCAUGCUGUACGACAGAUUCAUUCCGUUUGGCCCGAUCCACUCCACCCGAGUGUGUAGAGACAGAAACACAUUCAGGUCUCUGGGCUACGGAUAUGUCAAUUUUGUCAACCGCUCGGACGCUGAACAUGCAUUUGAGAACUUAAUGUUCAGUCUCCUCAUGGGUCGGACCAUGCGCAUCAUGUGGGCCGAUAGAAACCCUGCACUGAGGACCACCGGCGUUGGCAACAUUAUCAUUCAAGGCCUGGCAAAGGACAUCUGCAGCCUGGCACUUUACGACACCUUCUCUCAUUACGGCACCAUCUUAUCCUGCAAGGUGGUUGCAGAUGAGAAUGGCUCCAGAGGAUAUGGUUUCAUUCAUUUUGAGUCCUACGAAGCCGCUGAAAGAGCCAUUCAGGAACUCAAUGGGAUGAUGCUGAAUGAUCAAGUAGUGUCCAUCAGCCACUUCAGAUCAUUCCAGGAGCGUCAGGCAGAGAGGGAAUCAAACCCUGGCCGCAUGAAAAAGACUACAGAAGUCUCUUCCCGGGAGUGCAUCUCUAUGUCAACAAUCUGCCCUACGGAUGGACGGACCACCAGCUGCAUAGAGCGUUCUCCCCAUUCGGGUCUGUCACCAAUGCUACGGUGGCGAGGAACGGCGGGCGCAGCCGAGGGUUCGGCUUUGUGUGUUUCACGAGCCCUGAAGCUGCAGCUCAAGCCGUUUCGGCAAUGGACGGACGUGUCAUUUCCAACAGACGUCUGAAUGUUGCCUUCUCUCGGGUCCUGGAUACGCCAGUGUCUUUCAGCGGCUGUGUAUCACCUCCUGAAAAGCAGUCGCUGCUUCCUUCAGGACACUUUGGGAUUGUUCCACAGGCUAUCAGCAAUGUUGGUCAGCAGCUCGCCAGCCUCAUUCGGCUUGUGUCCAGCUGUCGACGGGAUGCAGCGGGUCUCCUGCCUAA